AUGACUUUGAAGUCAACACGACAAGGAAACAACAGAAAACAGUCGCAUUUAGCAAAGGCAUCACAAGCUCCUACAAAAACGGCGGCGGAAGAAAGUGAUCAGCCUCUCAGUGACACAUUCAGGAGUUUUACUGCCGACCUUGAAAGGACCACUCCCGAUUUAAAUUUGUCAAAGUCUGAUCAAGAUCCUGUGAUUCGUAAACAUUUAUUCAAUCACGACAACAAUCAGAUAUUGUUCAGGAAGCGUCCCGAUUCAGCCGUUUCCAGCCGAAUUCGUCCCGAUUCUCCCGUUCUCAAUCUGAAUCUGAUCCGAUUUGUAUCUUCCGCAUGGUUAAAAAACGACCGAAUCUGUCCCGACAGCGUCCCGAUUCUCCCGAACGCGAUCCGACAGAGAUCAGACAGUGACCGGACAGUGAACCGACGCAUUCGAUAUGUUUCAUUGGAGGGAAAGACAAGACCAUCCUUACUUUUCCAUGUUAGCCUAGGAAAUCACGUGACAUCCGAACAACAAACAUGUACGAAGACAUCAGCAUGUGCAUGCCAAUUCCCGGACGGAUCAGGUGUGGACUUGUCACAACUCGAUAGUAACGACCCUCAAAACCCACAAUUUCCAGACGUAUCUCCUGAUAUCGGAAGCGACCAAUUUUCAUGGAAUCCCUGUACGGCGUUUAACGAGGGAAAUGGGUGCUCCGAUGUUGCGCUAUGUGACGUCCAUCAGAACGAUAAGGAUGUGACGUACUUUCCAAUAGGAACCCAGGACACAGCAGAUUUCUCAUAUAACAGUAAGGGUCAGCUACAAAUAACCUACAUCUACGCGGGUACGGGAGGAGCACAGCGACAGUCCUUCAUCUCUCUCACGUGUGAUUCCACACAGAGCGCCCUUUUCUCAGCCACAGGAGAGAAUCCUAGUGGCAGCGGCAUGUAUUACUUUGACCUCACGUCUACAAUUGCUUGCUAUCCCAUGGGUACCUCCAGUAAAUCAUCGCUCUCCGUCGGCUCCAUACUUUGUAUAGCAUUCGUCAGUAUCAUAGUUGUUUACUUCAUCGGGGGAGUAGUGUUUCAACUUGCUGUUAAGAAAGAACGAGGAAGUAACUUAAUUAUUCAUAAAGAUGUUCUGAUCGCCAUUCCCGGACUGAUCAAGGACGGUACUAUGUUUAUUGUCCGACGUGGAGGAACAACAUCUGAACAAAAAAAGUUAUUACGUUAAAAUCUUAUUAAAAUUGACAUUAUUUUUAAUCAUGUAGAAGCAUAUCCGCAUAUGUAAAGAAUGGUGGUUUCACUUGGGCACUGGAAUGGUUUCCAAUUCAACACGGCAAUAGGGAUAAACCUACACCUAACUAAAAUCGUAGUAUUAAUGCUAUUUAUAUUUAUAUCACAUGACAACAGGUAACGUGCGUAUGUAUAUGUGCGAACCUUUCCUCUAAUCAAAUGUAUAAUUACAUUGCAUCAUGAGUUAGCGUUAGGCUGUAUUUAUGAAUACAUUCAGGAACACGAAGAUGUUUUAUAUUGAAUAUUUAUCAUUAAUCAAACAGUUUUGACUUUCGUUAGGCUGCAUGACUUUGUAUAUGCUACCGUUAAAACCAUGUGAGUACACCUGGAAGACAUCGCAGCAGUGAUGAAUCGACUUAAAAUCCGGGCUGACGAAAAUGGUAUUAAAUUUUCAAAAUCCAAAUAUAAAUGUGCAUGCAUUAUUGAUAACUUUGUUAACUCUAUGACGAUUUCAAUAUUAUUCUCGGGAGUAAACCAAUUUCUGUAGUUGAACAAAUUGAAUUCACGGACGAUAUAUCCUCAAAUUAACCACCUUUUCUUCCAAUUCUUCAUUAAUUUUAAGCUUUACAGCGUAUCAGUGUACAAAUAACAUUUAUAUACAGUAUCAGACACUGCAAUACUACAAUCGAGAAUGGUCAAAACAUACACGAUAGUUACACAAGUUUAUCAUUUCAUCAUGGUCUUUCUUAAUUGGUUUGCUUCAAAUAUGUAUAUACAUAAACUAGUAAAUUCCUUUUGAUAAGUUGUACACAAUAAUUGUAUGAGCUUAUAAGCAGAUGGUUUUUUUCAGUUAUACAUUUUUGGUACUUUCAUAUAUAAACUUUAUUUAUUUGCAGCUACAUGGUAGUGACAUAGUAUGUAUAACUGAAUCACACCUUAACCCUCUAAUCCCAAAUUCUGAUAUUAAAUUAGAGUCAUUUUCAGAUGAAAUCCAUAGGAAAGAUAGGACAACAGGACAUGCUGGUGGUUAUAUUAUCUAACAUAAAAACAAUAUUCUUACUAAACGUAGACAUGAUCUUGAAAAUGAACAUAUAGAAAUUAUGUGGAUAGAAGUUUUAAUUCAAAACCGUAAAUUUCUGCUUGGAUGUAUAUAUAGACCUGAUUCUAAUAUCAUAAACAUAAAGCAUAUACAAAGACUGUAUGGAUGUAUAACAAUACUGACUAUAAUAUUAUGAAUGACGAACUAAAUGUUAUUUACUGGAACUUGAUUGCUGCUGAUAUGGAUACCCAGGAAUUUAGUAUGUUUUUAACUAAAUCUAUAACUGACCUGCUGAAACUAUUACAAUCCAACCUGAUGACAAGCCACGGAAUAUCAAUAUUAGGCUAAAGAUAAGGCAAAUAAAUAGGAUACAUAAAAAAGCCAGACAUACUGACAAAAUAGAGCAUUGGAAUAAAUAUAAAUAAAUAAGGAAUGAUGUUUCUGGUAAGAGACUCAAAACAUAAUUAUCUUGAUAAAUCAUUGCCCCCUAAUAAAUGGAGGAAAAUUGCUAAAUCCAUAACUAAUUUUAACAAUAAAACUGAACCAAUUCCACCAUUGAAUGUUAAUAAUACACUGAUUCAACAUCCAACUGAUAAAGCUAAAGCCCUUAAUGAAUAUUUUACUUCUAUAGCCAUAACAUCAGAUACACUUGCUGAAUCUCCAGUAUUAGAUAUAUCCACUCUAUCAAAAUUAGAAAACAUAAUAGUCUCUGAACAAGAUGUUGAUGAUCAAAUUACUGUAUUAAAUGAAAAUAAACCAGCAGGACCUGAUGGCAUGUUACCUAAAGUCAUAAAAAAAAACUUCCUUAAUACUCCCACUUACAAUUUUAUUUAACAAAACUAUAUAUAACGGGCGCAUACAUGGGCCAUGGAAGAUGGCUAAUGUUAGUGUUGUAUACAAAGGGAAUGGUUUAAAAAAAAAAUUGUUCCAAUUAUCGACCAAUAUCUGUA